GUCAACAACAAUGUUUUUUUUUACAACGUACAUUCCAGCCACUUCGUUCUACUGUUACUAAUUAGAUUCUAAUUUGUUUUCUGUAAAGAAUAACUUAAUAUUUAUUUCCUCGUAAACUAUACAAUGAGCUGUGUGAGUGACCUAUCUCAAUCAAAUGAGUAUUUGAGUUUUCGAAGUAGCAUACCGUUGAGGAAAAUCGUUGUUGACUCAGAUAGUUCCAAGGCAUGGCGGAUAUUCGAUUCUGGUCCAAAGUCGGUCGCGUGCCCUUUGAUAUGUUUACCUCCCGUUUCCGGCACAGCCGAUGUUUUCUAUAAGCAAGUGAUGGGCCUGGCGUCUCGAGGGGUCCGUGUGAUAUCCGCGGAACCCCCGCCUUACUGGAAUAUGAAGGAGUGGUGUGAUGGAUUCAAAAGACUGAUAGACUAUCUAGAGCUUGACAAGGUGCAUAUUUUUGGGGCUUCCUUAGGUGGAUUCCUAGCCCAAAAGUUUUCCGAGCUAACAUUGAAUUGCCCCCGAGUGGCAUCGCUAAUACUGUGCAACUCCUUCACCGACACGUCCGUGUUUGAGUUCAAAGACUCCUCGGCUCUCUUCUGGCUCCUGCCGUCCUUGGUCCUGAAGAGGAUGCUCAUGGGAAACUUCUCGGCGGAGAAAGCUGAUCGGAGAAUCAUUGAGGCGAUUGAUUUCAUGGUUGAGAGGCUAGAGUCCCUGAACCAAUCGGAGCUAGCCUCCCGCUUAACUCUGAACUGCACACCGGGGUAUAUGCAGCCGCACCUCCUCAACGAGCUGGCGGUCACCAUCGUGGACGUGUGGGACGAGUGCGCCCUCAGCCCGCAGGUCAGGGAGGACCUGUACAAGUCCUACCCGCAGGCCAAGCUGGCGCACCUGAAGAGCGGCGGCAACUUCCCCUAUCUGAGCCGGGGCGAUGAAGUCAACUUGCAUUUAUUAAUUCACCUCCGCCAGUUUGACAACACGGAGCUCUCAGCUUCUUACCUCAGCCUGCACAAGAUGCCAGCGCCCGCGCAGCCCGAAGAGGGCACAGUCAGCUACUUUAAUCAGCGGGAUAAGUUUGUUAAAAUCGCGUGAAUCUCUGCAUCGCUAGGGGCGCUAAGAGAUAAGGGAAGUGUUCAGGGCUGUGUACAGUCUAUGUGUAAGGCAUGAGAGCACCCUUAUAUUGGGUGUUUAGCGGGCAGGGGCCCGUUUCUCGAAAGGUACAAGCCUUGUAUUACAAAUGCGCGAACUGUCAAAUCGUAUGGGUUGUCAUGGAAACACACUUGUAAUACAAGGCUU